AUGGCCACUGUAGCGCAACCCGCGCCCAUCGCCAACGGGACCUAUGCGCAAGAGAACGACCAGCAUACCGAACAUGGCCCUCCACGUUUCACUGCUGUCAACGGCAAGGACAGCACCAUGCACAAUAUGGCAACAUCCACCGGCAAUCCAUCGCAGAGUAAUGAAAACGCCGAUGUGGGAGGAGCCAACGGCAACACAAACGGUUCAAGACAGGACGAAAAUUCACACGAGUCGUUUAAUGCAAGCGCGGAACAAGUCGUCGAACACGGCCCGCAAAACUCAUCGCCUCAAACGACGCCCAAUGGUGCGAACAGGAAUAAACGAAAGCGUUCGGAGUCCCUCGAACGCCAAUCCCAGCAACAGGAUCUCCCAAGCGAUGUCCAGGCGAUUUCUGGGCGCAGCUCGGAGAUGGGUUCAGAGCCACCUAUACAGUCUGAAGCAUCGAACGGUGCCAAGUUAUUUCCUGCAGGACACGAGUAUUCGGGACAGUCCUCUACCGGGUACAUGCAUGCAGAGAUCAAAGAUGCACAUGCGACGGGUGGCUCAUGGCAAGAUUAUGACUCUCAUCUGAUUAGUCAAGCCCAGAAAGCCCAGAAUUUGGAUACCUCGGAUGCCCAACUGGUGGAAGCCCUCCAAAGAGAAACUCAUUCGACUGAGUCGAUGGAACAAAAACCGUGGUCCGCCGGUCCUCCCUCCGUCGCGGGCGAAUCCAUGUCGCCUUAUCCGCAAGAAAAGCCACAAUCAGCUGUCCAAGUUGGACCAAAGAGGAAACGCGUUUUUAGCAACCGAACCAAGACUGGUUGUCUAACCUGCCGGAGGAGAAAGAAGAAAUGCGAUGAACAGCAUCCCGCAUGCAACAAUUGUAUCCGAGGUGGAUUCGUUUGCGAAGGUUACUCUUCUAGAAGUACAUGGCAGAAACCGUCAAGUAGCAAGGGUCCAGUGCCUCUGCAGUCCAAAGACGGAUACUCUGAAGCAGCGAAUCAGUAUUUGCAAGAUAUCAACGCCCGUCAUCACGAGCGAAUUCAAACCACGGGCCAACAAACCGAAGUCAACAAGGUCAGACCACCGGUUGUCGAGGACAAUGAGAAUACCAACGCUCAGUACUUGGCCACGCCAACAAGCGUAGCAGGGAAUCGGAACGCUUGGCCCAAGAGGAGUUGGCCAAGCGCCUCCUCGCAUCCUCCUUACAUGGCAGAGCACAUGGCAAAAUCUACCGACUAUCGAGAAGUCCCUCCUAUCCAUGAACUCUCCCGUGACGGCCAACCAAAGACUGAGUAUCAUGUCGUACCCUCUAUUCGUGAACUUUCGCAACAAGGUCCCCAUCCAAAACCUGGUAUGCCUAUUUUUCAAGGUACUGUCGAUCAAAGACCUCCGCAUCCCAGCACCAUAGACACUAGUAGUCCGCAGGCACAGGCUCGGUUGGCAUUGAGCAUUGAACACCAAUUAUCAGCGCGUCAUAAUCCCGGGGAGGACACGGAGAGGGAUAAAAUGAUCCAUGGAGAAUUAUACCGUCCUUUCGAUAUGCAACUAGUGGAAGACCGGGACCGUUGCAAAUCGGCGCUCUGGCGGUUCAACAAUGCUUGCAACCCACUCUCUGGAGUGAGUUCUAAGGAACAGAACCGGUUGCUACGAGAAAUCAUCAUACCUCCGGCAUCCACAAGCCCAUCCGGAUCCCCUACGCCACGACCCGUUGGCUCGAUUGGUCAAGGGGCGGUUGUCGAGGCUCCCUUUCGUUGUCAUUACGGCUUCAAUAUACACAUUGGAGAAGACGUGAUGAUCUCCGAAAAUUGCUCUAUGGUCGACGAUUGCCCAAUAAACAUUGGUGCACACACUUGGAUAGGCCCUAACGUCACCAUCCUUGGCUCAAUGGCCCAUGCUAAUAUGCAGGAGCGCAAAGGCUCCCAGAGCCGAUAUCAAGGUCGUCCAGUUACCAUUGAAGAAGAUUGCUAUGUCGGUGCAAACUGCACUAUAUACCCAGGUGUGCGUCUCCGACGGGGUGCCUAUGUCGCCCCAGGUGAAGUAGUGAAGUCGGAUAUCGUUGCAUAUGGGUUCCAAGGGCUCAAGCCCAGCUACAUGUGAAAAAGAUGCUACUUUUGUUUUUCAUUUAUUGUCUUGAAGGGUGUCUUUCAUGUCGCAUGAAUAUAUGAUGAUGUAUGUCUCUUUGUAAAUGAGUUGAGCGUUUUCUCUUCGUUUUUUUUUUUUCAUGACCUUUUUCCUUAUACGACGCGGUAAGUUAUGACUGGGUAUGGAUUCUAGAUACGGGGGGAAAUCGAGCUUCAUCUUAUCUUCACUGUGGUUUAUUGAAUGAUUGAAUGAAAAAUCUCGUGGAGCUAUUUGACUACUGGUAUUUCCAUGUGUAUUGACAGUGUUGAUAGUACAUAACCUGAGACGAGCUUCUCUUAUCUGGUAUAAACGGAAGUAAAGACAAAAGAAAAUUGGACCGUAUCGAAGCUUAUGUGGACAGCCAGUCAAGGAAAUCCGGUGUGAAGUAGCUUAUAACAAUGCCAGCACCAGCUCUCAGGAUUCCUUGCGUACUCUCGAAAGCCAUUUCUUUCAGAUCAAACACACCUGCCUUAGCAGCAGCAUGGAUCAUGGCAUACUCUCCACUAACUUGAUAAGCCGCAAUGGGCAUGUCCUUGGCUAACUCUUUUGCGUCACUGAUAAUAUCAAGAAAGUUACUAGCGGGCUUCACCAUGAUGAUAUCAGCGCCCUCGGCGACAUCGCGUACGAUAGCACGACGAGCAAGUCCACGCCCGCCCGGUGGCAACUGGUAGCAUUUGCGGUCACCAAACGAUGGUGCUGAGCCCGCAGCAUCUCUGAAAGGUCCAUAGAGACUGCCGCUGAACUUGGCGGCAUAUGACAUGAGGAGAACCUGGUGAGAGAUACCGGCCUCGAUCAGUUUAAGUUUUAUAGCGCGCACACGCCCAUCGUUCAUAUCCGAAGGGGCAACACAGUGUGCACCUGCCAACGCAUAUGCCAACGCCACAUCAGAUAUUCUCUCGACUGAUUGCGUGUUAUUCAGGCUUCCGUCGUCGCAGAGGAUGCCACAGUGACCGUGCGAUGUGUAUUCACAUAGACAGACGUCUACAGUUAUGUAAAGGUUUGGAAACUGUGCUCGUAGCAAUCGAAUCGCCUGUAUGACAGGACCAGACGGAUCAUCGGCGGCAGUUCCAAGAGGAUCCUUUGCAUUGGGG